AUGGCUCAGAACGUAUACGAGAUGCCUCUCCUUGCUCUCGAGAAGGCCCACGAUUCCCACCCGUCCCUGGGCCACCUGGUCCUUCUCGUCUUCGAGGCCGUUCUCGAGGUCGUGUGUGUAAGCUUGCCGGGCUAUGUCAUUGCCCGGCUUGGCCACUUUGAUGCUGAGAAGCAGAAGUUCUUGGCCAAUCUCAAUGUCAUGCUCUUCACGCCUUGUCUUAUCUUCACCAAGCUAGCAUCGCAGCUCAACGCCGACAAGCUGCUCGACCUUGCCGUCAUUCCCAUUAUCUUCGUCAUCCAAACCAUGGUCUCAUGGCUCGUGGCUACUGUCGUCGCCCGUCUAUUCGGCUUCAACCGCCGCGCCUCAAACUUCGUCACGGCCAUGGGAGUCUUCGGCAACUCAAACUCACUGCCCAUCUCCCUGGUCCUGUCCCUUUCCCAGACGAUCAAGGGAUUGCAUUGGGACAAGAUUCCCGGAGACAAUGAUGAUGAGGUUGGCGCACGUGGUAUUCUGUACCUGUUGAUCUUCCAGCAACUUGGCCAGCUAGUCCGCUGGAGUUGGGGCUACCACGUUCUGCUCGCUCCGAAGGAUAAGUACCCCGAGUACCAAGACGAGCGGGUCGAGGAGGGACAGUAUGACGGAGACAGAGAGACUGCGCCCCUGCUGAACGAGUAUGACCAAGACGACGCAGCCACCUCUCGCAGCCCCUCUAGUAGCGACCUGUCCAACUACGAGCCCGCCGGUCGCACUCCAGUGGCUAGCAGAUCGAGAGCUUCCCCCGCCGAUACCGAGGAUGAGGACGACGAAUACCUCCCCAAGAAGCCUAUGAAGACUAACGGCCUGGCACCUCUCAACGGCAACCAUCCCGUUUUCAAUGGAAGCGACGAUGAGAUAUCGUCUUUCCCUCGCAUUCGCAACACGGAUACACCCGACAUUCCCGAGGGCGUUAAGGGCUACCCUACCCGCGCUAAGAAUGCUAUGAACAACGCCAUCGUUAGGAGCAAGAAGUCUACGGCUAGCUUCUUCGCGAGGCUUUUCAACAGCCUCCCCGAGCCCGUCAAGGUCAUCUUGGUCGCCCUCAACCGAUUCUCCGGAAAGUUUUACAACUUCAUGUGGGAAUUCAUGAACCCGCCGCUCUGGGCCAUGCUUUGCGCUGUUGUGGUUGCCUCCGUCCCCGCGCUGCAGAAGAUCUUCUUCGAGGAGGGAUCAUUCAUCAAGAACAGCUUCACCGACGCCGUUCAAUCGAGCGGUGGUGUUGCCGUCCCCUUGAUUCUGGUGGUUCUUGGAGCUAACCUCGCCCGCAACACCCAGAAGAGUGAGAAGCUCAGGGAUCCCGAGGAAGACCAGAUCGGCACUAAGCUUUUGGUUGCGUCGCUCAUGUGCCGAAUGCUCCUGCCAACUCUCAUCAUGACCCCCAUUUUGGCCAUCUUUGCCAAGUAUGUUCCCGUCAGCAUCUUGGACGACCCGAUCUUCGUCAUCGUCUGCUUCCUGUUGACCGGAGCGCCGAGUGCUCUGCAACUAGCACAGAUUUGCCAGAUCAACGAGGUGUACGAGGGUGUGAUGUCUCGUAUCCUGUUCCAGAGCUAUGUUAUCUGGAUCCUUCCGUCAACCUUGGUGCUUGUCAUGUGCGCCUUGGAGGUGGUUGAAUGGGCUGCUUAA